AUGGCUAGAGGACGAGGAGAAGGAAUGGGAACGAGCGGCACGUUGAAGGGUGAACGCGGCGAAAGCAAUUCAGUCUCCAGUUUAAAUUCCAUAGACACCCGCGAAAGAGAUAGUGAUGAUAGCAGAAUGGAAUUAAUUGACGUUGUAGAAGACGGCAAAGAACGGAAAGAGGGAGAGGGAGAUGAGGAUGGCAAUGAUGAAUUCGAGGAUGAAACUAACGAAGAAGAGGACGGAGACGGUGAUGGUGCGUAUGCAUUCAGAUUCGACGGAGAGAUGGAUCCUCUAGCUUUCACUGAAGGCGAUACCUUUGGCGUCCAGCCUUAUCAGCAAUUUGAGCACCUUGAGCACGCGUAUGAAGCAUUGGCUGCGAGGAAGCGUAAAUCUCUUUCCCAACCCCACCCCGACCCGCGGAGGAGUUCGAUAAAGAGAGAACUGCAACGGCAAGAGUAA